CAGCUGGAAUGACAGCUGACGUCGUCACCUGGCGUAAGAAAACCCCCACCGUCCUGUUGUCGCGCUCCCACUUCCUCCCCCACGUCCGAUCGCAUCGAUCGGUCAGCAUCAGCACGGCCAGCCCCGGAUGCUCGCCGCUCGGACGCCGGUUGUCUCCAGCUGGGAUUGUCCGCCUUCCCCCCCCCCAAAAAAUCCCAGGUGCGCACUUGUCCUCCUCGGGGAUUAUUUUUUAUCCGCGGAGGUGAGGAGAUGACGGCCGGCUGACAGCCCGUCAUGAUGCAGCUCUUUCUCCGGCAGCCUUGAUUUUGUUUUUAUUCCCACCAAAAAGGCUGCGAAAUCCCCCCCCACCGCCUCUUCGUGCUGCGUUCAAAUGCAGCGUGUUGCGUUCAAAUGCAGCGUGUUGCGUUCAAAUGCAGCGACAUUGACGAGGCAACUUACGCUUUGAGGACCGCGGCUCCUCCAUGAGAUCCACGCAAGGGCGUGAACUUGCAGACUCUUCGUAACCUACCCCCCCCCCCCCCCCGAACCCCCCCUCCACUCAUCCUCGCUCCGUUCCUGCUAUUCGCGCCCCCACUUCCACGCAGCCCACCAUGGCGCUGAAAGCGGACUCCGAGGACCCGGACUACCGGACACCGGCUCCCAUCGAGGUGUUCGCCAGCCGCUCCACGCUGCACGGCAUCUCGCACAUGUUCACCUACGAGCGCAUGUGCGUCAAGCGGACCCUGUGGAGCCUCUUCUUCCUGGGCUCCGUGGGCGUGCUGGCCCUGGUGUGCGUGGACCGAGUGCAGUUCUACUUCCAGUACCCGCACAUCACCAAGCUGGACGAGGUGGCCGCCCCACUCAUGGUCUUCCCGGCGGUCACCUUCUGCAACCUCAACGCCUUCCGCUUCAGCAGGGUGACGCGCAACGACCUGUACCACGCCGGGGAGCUGCUGGCCUUGCUCAACGGCAGGUAUGAGAUCCGGGACACGCACAUGGUGGAGGAGAACGUACUGCAGGUGCUGAAGGAGCGGGCCGACUUCGACAACUACAAGCCCCGCCCCUUCAACAUGCGCGAAUUCUACGACCGGACGGGCCACGACAUCAAGGACAUGCUGCUCUCCUGCUUGUACCGCGGCUUGGAGUGCAGCGCCGAAGACUUCAAAGUGAUAUUCACCCGCUAUGGAAAAUGCUAUACCUUCAAUUCCGGCCAGGACGGGCGGCCCCUGAUGUUGACCAUGAAGGGCGGGAUGGGUAACGGUCUGGAGCUGAUGUUGGACAUCCAGCAGGACGAAUACUUGCCCGUGUGGGGGGAGACUGAUGAGACGUCGUUCGAAGCCGGCAUCAAAGUUCAGAUCCACACGCAAGACGAGCCUCCAUUCAUUGAUCAGUUGGGCUUUGGAGUGGCGCCAGGAUUCCAGACUUUUGUCUCCUGUCAAGAACAACGACUGACGUAUCUGCCGCCGCCGUGGGGCGACUGCAAGGCCACCCCGAUGGACUCUGACUUUUUCAGCACGUACAGCAUCACGGCCUGCCGCAUCGACUGCGAGACGAGAUACCUGGUGGAGAACUGCAACUGCAGGAUGGUGCACAUGCCGGGAGACGCCCCGUACUGCACCCCUGAGCAGUAUAAGGAGUGUGCAGACCCAGCCUUAGACUUUCUGGUGGAGAGGGACAACGACUACUGCGUGUGCGAGACGCCGUGCAACAUGACGCGCUACGGGAAAGAGAUGUCCUUCGUCAAGAUUCCCAGCAAGGCGUCCGCCAAGUACCUGGCCAAGAAGUUCAACAAGACGGAGCAGUACAUAGCAGAUAACCUUCUGGUUCUGGAUAUCUUCUUUGAGGCCCUCAACUACGAGACCAUCGAACAGAAGAAAGCCUAUGAACUGGCAGGCCUUCUGGGUGACAUCGGGGGUCAGAUGGGCCUCUUCAUCGGCGCCAGCAUCCUCACCAUCCUGGAACUCUUUGACUAUCUCUACGAGGUCAUCAAGUACAAGCUGUGCCGAGGCGUGAAGAAGAAGCACAACGGCCGCAACAACAACAACGACCGGGGAACUGUGCUGAGCCUGGAUGACGUGAAACACCAUGCCUCGUGCGACAACCUGCGCACGCCGUCCACGUACCCGGGCAACAUGCUACCUCAUCACCCCGCCCAGGGAAACUUCGAAGACUUCACCUGCUGAGCGCGGCGACGUGGGAGUGAAGCGUGCGGCGCCGCAACCAAAGUCGACCACACAGCAGGACUAUCGGCCGCCAAGAAACUGACGCUCGCAGACGCACUUUUUGUACGCGACGGCCUGGAGGAACUGUCCGCCCCCGGACUGAACGUGAGCGUUUCUGAUCCAUUUCAUGCAGGACUCUUGUUUAUUUACCCUGGCGGAGCACUGCCGCUAAGAGAGACGCCGCGCCAAGACGGACCCGCCGUAAAAACAAAAGGGAAAGUGUACAAAUAUCUCGUGGUAGAAAGAAAAAGAAAAAAAAAAAGACGCUUCAUAUACGUCACCAGUAGAGGGCACACGUCCUUCCUUGCUUACAGCACAUGUAGCCACAUCUUGGUGUGUUCACAGCCAGCACUGGCGGCCAACCACAACUUCAGGUCCCAUCGUGUAAUGCGGGGGUGUCCACACUACGGCCAGCGAGACGUAAACACCAGUUUGAUAAGGAACCCGCCCCGCCGGGCGUUUCCAAAUUAAUUUGGAGUAUCUGACAAUCUGGAAAAAAAUGCCGCUCCCUGGUGGACUAUGUGAGUUGAUCAGGUCAAUGACCGUGAAAUGGGAAUUUAAGUGAAUUAAGUACAGCAUUUGUUUGUUUGACCCAAUCCAAACAACCUUCCCUAGUCAUGGCGCAAAAAAAGAAAAUGCAACCGACGCAAAAAGUCAACACACAUAACACAACCUGCUCACUGAACUUUGUGGAUGUUAGCAAAAAAACAUCCACGCACCAUUAAAAAAAAUGCAGGUUAAUGACCAUGAAUUGGGAUUGGAAGUGAGUCACUACAGCAUUAAUUUAUAUUACCCAAUCCAAACAACCUUCCCUUGUCAUGGUGCAAAAAACAAAACAAAAUGCAACCAACACAUAAAGUCAACAUACAUAACACAACCUGCUCACUGAACUUUGUGGAUGUUAGCAAAAAACAUCCACGCACCAUAAAAAAUUCAAAAUUCAGGUUACUGACCCUGAAUUUGGAUUUGAAGUGAAUCACUACAGCAUUUAUUUAUAUGGCCCAAUCCAAACAACCUUCCCUAGUCAUGGCGCCAAAAAAAAUGCUACACCUGCUCACUGAACUUUGUGGAUAUUAGCAAAAAAACAUCCACACACACUAUAAAAAACUUCAAAAUUCAGGUUAAUGACCAUGAAUUUGGUUUUGAAGUGAAUUCAGUACAGCAUUUAUUUACAUAACCCAAUCCAAACAACCUUCCCUAGUCAUGGCGCAAAAAAAAUGCUACACCUGCUCACUGAACUUUGUGGAUAUUAGCAAAAAAACAUCCACACACUAUAAAAAAACUCAAAAUUCAGGUUAAUGACCAUGAAUUUGGUAUUGAAGUGAAUUCAGUACAGCAUUUAUUUACAUAACCCAAUCCAAACAACCUUCCCUAGUCAUGGUGGCAAAAAAAAAAAAAUGCAACCAACUCAUAGUCAACACACAUAAAACAACCUACUCACUGAACUUUGUGGAUAUUAGCAAAAAACUUCCACGCACCAUAAAAAAAUUCAAAAUUAAGGUUGAUGACCAUGAAUUGGGAUUGGAAGUGAGUCACUACAGCAUUUAUUAAUAUGACCCAAACCAAACAACCUUCCCUAGUCAUGGCAGGGGGGGAAAAAAUGCAACCAACGCAUAAAGUCAACACACAUAACACAACCUGCUCACUGAACUUUGUGGAUAUUAGCAAAAAAUAUCCACGCACCAUAAAAAAAUUCAAAAUUAAGGUUGAUGACCAUGAAUUGGAAUUGGAAGUGAGUCACUACAGCAUUUAUUAAUAUGACCCAAUCCAAACAACCUUCCCUAGUCAUGGCGCAAAAAACGUCAAAGCACCAUAAAAAAAUUCUAAAUCACCCAAAUUGUAAUCCAUUGCAAAGCAUGAUGGGAAAAAUGCAAAACACUCUCCACACUUGUCCAUGUUUGGCGCAUUUUAGCUGUUUCGUCGUCACAGAAGUGAGCAAGGUAGAAGUCAAACUUUCACAUACUCUUAAUAUUUAAAUAUUAAUGAUAUAUCCAUAUACACAUAUA